UAUGCUACCCUUUGUGUUGAUUCCUCCUCCCUGUGAACAACACCUGUGCUUUCCACAUAGGCUCAAAGAACUUCACUCUGGGUCUACUUCAGGUGGAAAAAUAAGCUUUAUAUCAUGGGGCUUUACAGAAGGUUUCUUCUGGGGAGAGGCUAUUAACACUGCUAAAAAAGAGUUAAGCAUGAGAACUCAUAGGAAGAAUUGUUCCAGCCCUGACUUGCCCAGGUGAAUUCACCAGGGAUGCUGCUCUUACUCAGGGAGGACUCCAAAGAUAACUUCUCUGAUGUGGAAAUCAGAAAAAGGGUUUGUUAGUCACUGUUCUGUGAAGCAUCUGGGCUUCUAAAAUUCCAACCCUAGUACAGUUCGGAGGCAUGCUGAUCCUCUUGGGAGCUAAGAGCUAAAGUCAGGGUACAGGCCUUGCCACCUCCAAACUGAGGGAUCAUCAUGACUUGCUUGAAUAAAGCCAAGAGUGAGCUUAGGGUGUCCUGAGUGGUUAGACCUGUGUCCAUCUUUCUAAAAUCACUCAGAGCUGAGGACUGAGAGGGCGGGAACUACGGGCUUCCGGUGUACGGCUGAGCACUGCCCAGAGCCCAGGGGACUGAUCUCCAUCGUCCCAUUCCCCUACAGCUUCGGUCUUGUCCACACUCCCGAAAUGCAGAGAAGGCUGCCCUGAGAGAAUAGCGCCGUGCCCGGCGUUCCUGGCACCAGAUCUGGCUUAGGAGCAUAAUGCCGUGUCUUCCUCCAGAAAGGGGAACGGCUGGCGGCGUGGCUGCUGCCGCUACCUGCCAAAUCCUUAAGGGAACCACUAGAUAGUUACCGCUGACAGACCCAGGUUCGCGCUCAGCCCCAGGAUUCUCUACGGCCGUUAAGCCCUGCCCCCUAUGGUUCGUCCAAUCGGGACCCAGCCUUCAGGCUCCGCCUCUACGUUGCUGCCACCACUUCCGGUCCACUCCCGGAAGUCCCGCAGUGGAGCCAAAUUUGAAGCCUGCGGAGAGGCGGGGACGGGGGUGGGGCGCGGUCGCAAAGCUGGACCCGUCGAGGUUUCCUUGGCUGCCUGACCCCCUUAGGACCAAUCAUCAUGCCUAUCCGUGCGCUGUGCACCAUCUGCUCCGACUUCUUCGACCAUUCCCGAGAUGUGGCCGCCAUCCACUGCGGCCAUACCUUCCACCUACAGUGCCUAAUUCAGUGGUUUGAGACAGCACCAAGUCGGACCUGCCCACAGUGCCGAAUCCAGGUUGGCAAAAGAACCAUUAUCAAUAAGCUCUUCUUUGACCUUGCCCAAGAGGAGGAGAGUGUCUUAGAUGCAGAAUUCUUAAAGAAUGAACUGGAUAAUAUCAGAGCCCAGCUUUCCCAGAAAGAGAAGGAGAAAAGGGAUAGCCAGGUCAUCAUCGACACUCUGCGGGACACUUUGGAAGAGCGCAACGCCACUGUGGAAUCUCUGCAAAAGGCUUUAGACAAGGCUGAAAUGCUAUGCUCCACCCUCAAGAAACAGAUGAAGUACUUGGAGCAGCAGCAGGAUGAAACCAAGCAAGCACAGGAGGAGGCCCGCCGGCUCAGGACCAAGAUGAAGACCAUGGAGAGGAUUGAGCUCCUACUCCAGAGCCAGCGGCCCGAGGUGGAGGAGAUGAUCCGAGACAUGGGUGUGGGACAGUCAGCGGUGGAGCAGCUGGCUGUGUACUGCGUGUCCCUCAAGAAAGAGUAUGAGAAUCUAAAAGAGGCACGGAAGGCCUCAGGGGAGCUGGCUGACAAACUGAAGAAGGACUUAUUUUCUUCCAAAAGCAAGUUGCAGACAGUCUACUCUGAACUAGACCAGACAAGGUUGGAGCUGAGGUCAGUGCAGAAGGACUUACAGAGUGCUGACAAGGAAAUCACAAGCCUGAAAAAAAAGCUAACGAUGCUGCAGGAAACCCUGAACCUGCCACCAGUGGACAGUGAGACUGUGAACCGCCUGGUUUUAGAGAGCCCAGCCCCUUUGGAAAUGCUGAACCUGAAGCUUCGCCGACCAGCCUUCGGUGAUGAUAUUGACCUCAAUGCCACCUUUGAUGUGGACACCCCUCCAGCCCAGCCUGCCAGCAUCCAGCAGGGCCGUGCCAAGAAGCUCUGCCAAGAGAUAGCACACUCUCCUGUUCAGGACAUCCCCAACAAGAUGCCCAAUGACCCCAAGCAGGAGUCCCAGCUCUCGCUGGGCGGCCAGCGCUGUAUGGGAGAGCCAGAUGAGGAGCUGGCUAGUGCCUUUCCUGUCUUCAUCCGGAAUGCUGUCCUAGGCCAGAAACAGCCCAAGAGGGCCAAAGCAGAGCCCCGUCGCAGCACAGAUGCCAUAAGGACCGGCUUCGAUGGUCUUGGAGGUCGGACAAAAUUCAUCCAACCUACUGACACAACUAUGAUCCGCCCACUGCCUGUUAAGCCCAAGCCCAAGGCUAAGCAGAGAGUCAAGACAAGGACAGUGCUCCCUCCCUCCCAGGCCAAACUGGACACCUUCUUGUGGUAGUGAGAACAGUGAGUCUGAUCAGUGGCCAGAUAUACGCCUCCAACUUAUAGGCCUGGACUGGCUCAGCAGGAGGUUUUGGGGGCACGGCCCCUCCUCCGGGACCAGCCCUGAGGGCAAGGGUAGACGAAAAGAUGGGGAUGAGGGUGAGGCCCAGGAACUGUGCUUUUCCUGAACUUACCCUGCCCACCCCCACCAUACUGGGUCUACCGUACUGGGCCUACAUGUGGUUGCCGAUGUGAGACCAGCAGGACCUGCUGUCUGUUAAAGGCUCUUGUGUAUAGCCAGAUGUAGCCAGGCUGCUUCUGGUUCUCCAGGUCUUUUGUUGACUGUAUGGACCAAAGUGCUCAAGGCUUCUCAGGCAAUUUCAGCCUGCCCAUGCUUCUGCCAGCUUCUGACUUGCUGCUAGGCAUGGCCGGAGCCAAGCAGGGUGGGGAACGAGGGGAUGGUGGUGGGAGAGGAUAGGGGG